AUGUUUGACGUAUUAUUAUUUUUCUCGUCGUCUACUUGUUCAGACACAGCUUUCCCUGCGUGUAUAUGUGAACGAGAAGAAAGAGAGAGAAAAGAAGAAAAAAACAAUACCAGUAUGGAGGUUGGUUCGACAAUAGCCAAAGCAUUUAAACGAUUUACAAUACCCCGAAGUACAUCAGCGAUUGGUUCGUUUCCGGCAUCAAACGGCACGGCGAGUAAUAAUAUCGAAAUUAGUAUUGACGAAUCCAUGCCUCCACCAUCUGAAUCAUUAACACAUUCGUCGUCAACUGAACACAAACACCCACCUCUUUCCUACAUUCAAAACAUUCGUUUAAAUCAACAGCACACUCUAGACGAGUCAACUCCGCAACCACAUGCAUCUACGCCACCCUUACGUGAAAAUAUUUCUUCAGUUAUGAUACGUUCACCAUCAGCGGAUGAAUACACUCCGAAAAAAAGCAAACUUGAAUUAACCAGUAAAAAAUCCCAUGUUGCACGUGAUAUUAGUUUUGAUAACUUGAACGAUGUUUCCUCGGAUCAUUCGCUGCAUGAAAAGUCUCACAAAACCAACGGACAUCAUCGUUCAUCGAUCAAAUCCUUGCUAACGAAAAAGUUCCAUCCCGUUUCGGUUUCAACAUCUGUAAAUAUAACGCCAAAGCAAAAGAAAUCCCGAACUUCAUUUCGACCUUUCUCGCACCUCCUCAAACGUAGUCACAGCACGAACACAGACUUGGCGUUGCCAACGAGUCAUCCAACCAUUGAGCUUAUUGACCAACGUAUCCCAUCGAAAUCUUCUCAAGAAGCAGAAGUUGCUAAUGUCACAAGAUCAGCUACGAAUACGUUAGGUACAACUGCAAAUACAGGCCUAGUGCCUAUAUCCGAAGAAGACCAUCCCAUCCAAAGCAAAUUACAAGUCAAAACGAAUGAUAUCGACGAAGCGAAUUUAAACCGAUCGGACAGUGGAAUAUCCACAUCUCAACAGACAACCAAGAUCACCAAUAGUUUCAGUGCGUCAUCGUCAUCAUCGCCACCUUCUGGUGCAUCGUCGAAAUCGAAUAAAUAUUUAAAUGUGAACACUCAAUCACAACCACGAGAUGAUAUUAUUAGUAAACCACUCAAAGCUUCGUUGUCAAUGACAAACAAUCCUGUCUCCAGCCAAUCAACUCUUCCGCAUAAUAUGAAUUACCCCAAGCCGACUUUAACAACAUCGAUUAGUCUAUACAAUGAUGUCAAUCAUUUGACAGCACCGAAUGUCAAUAAUUCAACAGAACGACCUGUUCUUCAGAAAACUUUGUCGUCGCGAGCUGAAGGUGAGACAAAUAACGAAAAUCAGCCGGUCACAAAAGUGAAAAUGCGCGAUCACAGUUCGAAAAAGAAGAAAGGUUUACGUGAACUAAAAUCACGUAUAUCAUUACCGCCCGAAAUCAAAAGCACGUCGAUCGCUCGCACGAAUCCACAAGCUUUCGAAACCGACAACAUUCGAUACAAACUCGCUCAACGCUCAUCGUACUAUCAGAUGAAUUCCUCGUCAGUUCAAGCGUUCAAUGAUGUAUUAAAUCAAUCGAAUAUCUCGCUUUCUCGUCUCUCACCGCACUCGGCUGGACCAGCAAGUCGAAAUGAACAUCGCCGUUCGAUGUUAGAUUUAGGUUUCGGUAAAAUUGAAUCCUACUCUCGACUGGAAAAACUCGGCGAAGGCACUUAUGCGACUGUCUAUAAAGGCACGUCAAAUAUGGUUAGUGGCUUCGUCGCAUUGAAAGAAAUCCGACUUGAACAAGAGGAAGGUGCACCAUGUACCGCACUACGUGAAGUAAGCCUGUUAAAAGGUCUGAAACAUAAUAACAUCGUAUGUCUGUACGAUAUUAUCUUUGAUCAAACAACGUUAACAUUAGUAUUCGAAUACGUCGAAAAGGAUUUGAAACAAUACAUGGAAGAUUGCUCGAAUAUUUUGAGCAUGAAGAAUGUUCGAUUAUUCUUAUUCCAGUUGUUACGCGGUUUAGAAUAUUGUCACGGAAAGAAGAUUCUACAUCGUGACUUGAAACCUCAAAAUCUAUUGAUUAACGAACGAGGCGAGUUAAAAUUAGCUGAUUUUGGCCUUGCACGUGUUAAAUCAUUUCCAACCAAGACAUAUUCGCAUGAAGUUGUGACUUUAUGGUAUCGACCGCCUGAUGUUCUGCUUGGCAGUACUGAGUAUUCAACUCCGAUUGAUAUCUGGGCAGUCGGCUGUAUUUUCUAUGAGAUGGCAUGUGGUCGACCAUUGUUUGCUGGUACAAAAGUCGAAGAAGAACUAUACUUGAUCUUUAAAUAUCUUGGCACACCAACGGAACAAACUCUACCCGGUGUCACAACUAAAACAGAAUUUCGAGCGUUAAAAUUACCAUUCUAUUUUGGUGAAUCAUUCACGCGUCUAGCACCACGCUUGGAUACGAAUGGAAUUGAUCUUCUACAGAACUUUCUGCGCUACAAUCCUCUUUCUCGAAUAUCGGCAUAUGAUGCGCUCAGGCAUAAUUUCUUCGCAUGUUAUCCAUCUGAAAUCUUAAACUUGGGACCACUGCAGUCAGUAUUGGAUUUAAAUGAAGUGACAUUAACGAAAGAUCACGGUUCGAAACAUAAUGCAACAUCGUUGAUGAAAAACGCAAUUUCGAAACGAUCGAGUGUGCAUCUGUGA